AUAGACAGCCAAAUUUACGACAGAAAACUGAAUUUGGGUCAUCACCGAUAUUAAAAGUAAACAAUACAAUAUGGCUGCCAACAUACAGUCGAUGUGUCAAUUCUGGAAAGAUUUCGAUUUAACCGAAUUACAGAAGAAUUUAGACACAACAGCUACAGUAAUCGCUAACAGACAAGAUGAGAGUGACGCUAGUCGUAAAAAACUUGUCGAUUUGAGUCGAGAUUUUAAAAAGAAUACCCCGGAAGACAUACGGAAGGUAGUAGCGCCUUUGUUGCGUAGUUUUCAAAGCGAAAUUGAUGCUCUCUCUAAGAGAAGUAAAUUCGGUGAAACUGCCUUUCUCUCUAUCUAUAGAAAACUUAUUGAUUUACCUGAUCCCGUACCGAUACUUGAGCAUGCCAUCAGCAUCCAGAAAAAAGCUCAAAAAGUUCAAGAUUUUGAAAUUGAAAACAAACAACUUCGGGAAACACUAACGGAUUAUAACCAUGAAUUCGCUGAGGUGAAAAAUCAGGAAGUGACAAUAAAACAACUGAGAGAAAAAUUAAAAGAAUAUGAAGAGCGUAUGGAAGCUACAGUGGAAAUCAGGAAAGAGAAAGAAAUUCAGAAGAAUUUUGCUGAAAAAGAACGCCAACUGCAAGAAACUCAGUUGGCCGUGGCUAAAAAACUUGGAGAAGCUGAACAAAAAGUGUCCAUCCUUCGCAGUAACUUAGAGUCUGUUCAGUCAGAAUUAUUUGACGUUAAGGCCAAAUACGACGAGGCAACGGCUGCAAAAUCCGAUGAAACUGAUAUGCUUAUGGCAGAUCUGGAGAGAGCAAAUGAAAGAGCAGUGGCAGUUGAACGACAGAUGGAGCAGAUUAAAGUGCAAAAUCAACAGCAACAGAUGCUUAUUUCUCAGAAUCAAGAUUCUUUAAAUCUGGAUAAAUCUGAAGAAAUGGAACAAGCAUUAGACAUCCUGAAACAUUCUAAUCUUGAAGUGGAACUUUCUGCAAAAGAAAAAGAAAUCAGCCAGCUUGUUGAUGAUGUGCAACGACUGCAGAUGUCACAAACAAAACUACGUGAGUCAACAACUGCUCGGAUCAACCAGCUAGAAGAAGAACUCAAUCAGAAGAACACUGCAUACCAAGAACUUGAAGAAAAAUUGAAAUUACAAGGAGAUUAUGAUGAGAUUAGCCGAGAGUUAAAUAUUUUGAAAUCCAUUGAAUUUUGUAAAUCUUCUGACGAAGUUUCUGUACCUCAGUCAAAGUCACUGGAGCUUUUACUUCUGGAGAAAAAUAAAAGUUUACAAGCUGAGACGACACAGCUGAAGAUGGCCAAUAGUGAGUUGAGCAAACAAUAUACAAAACUGCAGGACAGCUAUAAAGAAGCUGCUUCUACUCUUACCGAACAAAAAACAAUGAUAUCUCAACUUGAAGAGGAUUUACGCAGUGUUAAUGCAUUAUCUUCAAUGUUUCGUGGUGCAGCUGAAGGUGUUGAAGCUAAACCUGUUACUCCCACUGCUGAGGUUAUGGCAGAUUUUGUUAAAGAGAUGACUCCUCCAGUGAAUGGAGAGAAUGACAAGUCUUCUCUAACUGCCGCUUCCUCUCUUCUACCAAUUGUCCAAAGUCAAAGAGAACGUUACCGUCUGCGAGCCCAGGAUCUAGAAACACAGAAUUUGGUUUUGAAACAACAAGUCACUUUGCUCCAGAAUGAGACUGACAAACUCCGAUCUGACAAUGUCAAGCUGUAUGAGAAAAUACGAUUCUUACAAAGUUAUCCAUCAAAAUCUGAAUCUCACAUCAAUGUCGACGAAACAGAAAGCCAGUACUCUUCUCAGUAUGAGGAGAGACUUAACCCAUUCAACACAUUUAACCGCAAGGAAAGAAUGAAGCGUUAUAUGAACUUGAAACCAUAUGACAAGAUUACAUUAAGCAUGGGCCGUUUCAUUAUGGGCAACAAAGUUGCUCGUACUGUCACCUUCUUUUACACAAUCUUCCUCCACUGUUUUGUAUUCUUGGUUCUUUAUAAAUUGGCACACACCGAGUCCUGUAAACGGGAUAUGGCUGCUGAAUGCCAAGCUCGCUUUGCUGAACAUAUGAUGAAGUUUCACAAACACACCGAUACAGAAGUGAAGGAGCGACACCUUUUCUUAGAUGGUCAUCAAUAGAACCAAUACAUGGGGGCAGUCCUUUUUAAAGUUCUUACUGUCCCUUUCUUCUCUCGUCUGAGUUAUAAACACGUCAGCCAUAUACUAUAUACACACUUGUGUGUAUGUAAUGUAUCUAUGUAUAGGAGUGUAUGUAUUUGUUGUAUGUAUGAAUACAUGUGUAUGUGUAUAUGUAUAUAUAUGUGUGUGUAUGUUUGUAUAUAUAUCUAUAUGUAUGUAUAUAUACAUAUAUAUGUGUGUGUAUGUAAGUAUAUCACAUUAUGCACACACACACAUUUAGAGGUGUGGGUGUACUAACAACUGAGUAUGACUUGGUAACUUGUACUAUUCUUUUACUAAUUGUUUUUGGUGCCUCUGUAGUCAUGAGCAGACAUAGUCACCUUGGCCCUCCUAUGCUUGAUUCCAUGGAACAUCCAGGAUUUGACUGCUAGAGGGAAAGAUAGCUGCACCAGCAUUUGGCUAGUGCGCUUUUUCAGCUAAGUGGACUACAGCAGCAUGUAAGAAUUGCAUUGCUCAAAGACACUGCAUUGUCUAGUCCAUGAAGCAAAUCCAUGACCUUGUGACUGUGCAGUCAACAUAUCCUAUCUACUAGGGUACAUGCAUUCACGUGUGUGUGUGUGUGUGCAUGAUGAGUAUGUAGUAAGCAAGGAGGAUUUUAAAUGCAUAUCUCGUGAAGAGAUUAAUCAAGCCAGCAUCUUAUUGACAGAAAUGAAAUCACUAAUUUGUUUGAUCACAUCUCUAUGAGGCUGACUGUAGAUAUGAGCUUCACACACUUAUACACACACAUACUCACACACACAUAUAUUACAUUCUAUACACUUUUGUCAAGUAUGUGUAUGAUUAACAUUCUUUAAUGUUUUGUCUCUUGUACGAUGAAACAUACAUUUGGACCAGCGUACUGUGUGUGUAUGGUUGUGUAUGUGUGUGUGUGUGCAUAAGUUUGAAGGGCAAGUCUUCAGCCCGUCCCCCCACAAACUACCCUUUAAAAAAAAAAUUUUUGGAAUACGAAUCUGCAAAAAAAUUGGCAAAAAUCAGCAGUUUUAAAUUACCCCCGACCCCAACCCCUACCCCUCCUUCAUUUUUAAAAACUUUUUUCAGAAUUUUUUUUUUAAAAAUACAGAGAUUAUGAUUCUGAAACAAAUUUCCAAAAAUUUU